GCAAACUCAAACCUCCCCUCCCUCCUCUCACACAUCCAACAAAACCCAUAGCCCUCCACCGCCCACCGCCAUCUCCCAUUUUCCUCUCUCCAUUCCUCAAUUCUGCCACGCCUCUCUGUUUACUGUUUUCAGGGGUUUCUCUUCUUCUUCUCAAUUUCGUCGCCUAUCGAUUUUCAUUUUCUUUUAAAGUGUUCGAUUUAUCGAUCCUAUAGGUUUCUUCUUUUCUUCUUCCCCUUCAAUGAGUUCUAAUUUCCCUCUCUUUUCUUUUCUCUUGUAAUUGAGAUCCUUUUUUAUUGGAAGAACGAAAAGGGGGAACCCACCUUAAAUUUUAGAAACUUUCUCGUGCUUCAUAAACGAGAUCCAUGGCAGAAUUCGACAACAACAUGGACUUGGCGGUGAAAACUAGACCAAGCCCUAAAUCCAGCCCCACCUCCUCUGCCACCUCCUUCUUCCACCGCUCUUUUACAAUUCAGUCAGCUAGAGCUACACCUAAACCUUACGUUCAAUCUCCUUCAAGAUUCACCAGCUCCUUCGAAUCCAUGAAGGGCAAGGUUAGAGUGCUCCGGAACAUGUUUGAAGCAUCCAGGGCUCCCAAAGUCAAACCGGAUGAAUCACAACAACAAUCCCAUAUCUCAACGCAGUUACCUCCUCCCGGAAAGUUAGUCUCGCAUAAAUCAAUGGGGGCUGACCAUAAUCGGUACCCUUACAUCUUCAGCGGCAAAUGGGUACCCUUGUUGCCAGGUACAGAGGAUAGAAUUGUGGUUUAUUUCACCAGCUUGCGUGGGGUGAGGAGAACCUUUGAUGAUUGUUAUACUGUUAGGAGGACCUUUAGACAGUUCAGGGUUUGGGUUGAUGAGAGGGAUAUCUCCAUGGAUACGGCUUACAAAAAGGAAUUGCAUAGUGUGUUUGGGGAGAAGGGUGUGACAUUGCCGCAGGUGUUCAUUAGAGGGAGGCAUGUAGGUGGUGCCGAUGAUAUUCAUCAAUUGCUGGAGACCGGGGAAUUGACCAAACUUCUUGAUGGGUUCCCACGAAGGGAGCCUGGUUAUGUUUGUCAAGGUUGUGGAGACGCGAGGUUUGUAACCUGUGGAUUUUGUAACGGUAGUAGAAAGAUUUUUGACGAUGAGGAGGAGUUCUCCAAGCGGUGUUUAGCAUGCAACGAGAAUGGGUUGAUGAGGUGCCCCGAGUGCUGCUCAUAAUCAAUCAGAGGAUCAGUAUUGCAAAGGUGAACGAUGGUUAUGGUGGAUGGCAUUCUGGUGAUGUGACACAAACAAAGGACGGUGUGUUAUGCAUUUAUCGGAUCUAAAUUGCUCUUUGGAUAAGCAGUCAUUUCAUCUUUCUCAUGUUGUUAGAUUGUCUGCUCAGCAUUGGUUGUGGGGCCGAUUUCAUUGUUUGUUGUUUGAGCACUUGGCAAUGGAAAAUGAACAGUUUUAUUGGUUAUCAAGGUAAUGUGUGUGUUAGCGGCAGUGUUUUGGUCAGGUGCCACGGGAGGAGAGUGUGUUCUCCUACGUCAAGGGAAUGUGAAUAUUUUAGCGGUAAUGUAAACAAAUCUAUCUCUCUAAUAUGCAUCAACAUACUGUCGAUGGAUUGUAAUAUAGAUGAUGUCUUUCA